UUUAAAAAUAUUAAAUACAAAAUGUUCAAACAAGAUAUUAUUUUAUUAUUUACUAUUUAGUUUCGUUUAUCGAUUAUGAAGAAAUUGCUUAUCGUCGAUGAAAAGACAUGACGAUUGUAAAUGUUGUUAUCGACAAACAAAGAUAUUACGGGAAAAAUAAUAUUUCCCGUAUAUCAUAUAUCUAUUGACUAUUUGGCUAUUUAUAGUUCAUAGUAUCAUAGCACGGCGACACCCCGAAUCACAGUAUCCCACAUACACACACACACACACACACACACACACACCGUCACUCCGCACUCGUUAUUUGUUAAUCGUCCAGUCACUAUAAGACACUAUAGUUGUCAAUCGUUGUAAUAUUAUUGUUUGCACACUGCCGUGAGUCCUGACUAUAUAGAAUUGUUUUAAAAUACGCAGUAUAUUUUUAAUUUUUAUAUUAAAGACUUAACUAGUAUGGAAAAUGAACUAAUUCUUCCGUGGAAUAUUUAUAAUAUUCAUUUUAAAGUUAUUAAAAUAAUAAAUAGUUGCGAGUUGUACACUACGUACGAAGUAUCUUGCAAACAUUGUAUUUGUUCAAAGACGCGUACUGCUGAUUCACGUGCCCCAUCAAAUCUUCGCAAGCAUUUGAAAGAUAAACAUAGUAAUGUCAAGUCUGUUAGAGAAUUACUAGCUCCUUCUACUACUGUUUCAAUAGAUGUUAAAAGAAAAGUCAACACUGAAAUUAAUGAUAAUUCUGAUGUAAAAAAAAUCAAAAAUUUAAAUACUGUUCAGAUGUCAAUACUUAAUUGUUCAAAUCGUAAAAGUUUGACUUCUCAAGAAGACCUUGAUCAAAUGAUCUUAGACGUCAUAAUAAAUGCACAUUUACCAUUCAAUUUGGUUUCUCAUGAAAGUUUUAAAACAAUUAUUUCCAAAGGCUAUCCUGGAAGAACUGUAUUAUGUCGCCAGACUUUAAUGAAACGUAUAGAUAAUAGCUAUAAAGUUGCCUUUGAUAAAUUAAAGAACAAGUUGAAUUUGGUUGAAUUUGUAUCAACGACAGCCGAUGCUUGGUCUACAUUUAAAAGAUCAUACUUAGGAAUUACUGUUCACUGGAUCGAUACAGAAACAUUUGAACGCCAAUCUUAUUUGCUAUCUAUAAAACCUUUGAAAGGUAAACAUACUUAUGAUGUACUGGCUAGAGCAAUGGAGUCAGUAUAUACUGUUUUUGACAUAAAUGAUAAAAUAGUGUACUCAACAACAGACAAUGGAUCAAAUUUUGUCAAGAGUUUUAAAGUUUAUGGUCAAAAAAAUGAUGUUGAUUUACCAAUUGAAAAUAAUAUCACUCUUUUAUCUGAUAGUGAAGAAUCGGACGAUUUUGAUAUAAGUGAUGAAAAUACAGAUGGUACAGCUUAUGUAAAUAUUGCAGACCUAUUUGAUGAAGCAGAAGAUAUAGAUUAUAUUCUACCCAAGCAUCAUAGAUGUGCUGCGCAUACUUUGAAUCUAAUUGCAACCAAUGACAUAGAAAAAGAGUUGGCUUCUGUAAAAAGUAAAUCUUCAACACUAUGGACCUACAAACAGCAAUGUAGAGCUACUUUUGCUAAAGCUAAUAAUCUAUGGAACAAACAAAACCGCUCUACUCAAGUUGCAGACAGUAUUAAAGAAUGUUUUGGUGUGUAUCUAGUGACACCAAAUGAAACCAGAUGGAAUUGCACUUAUGAUUCCAUUACCUUUUUAUUGAAUCAUAUUAAAGUGAAUUUUUCAAAAUCUGUUAGAUUGUGUGACUCAAUUGGUGUUGUGCGUUUUAAAAAAGAAGAUAUUGAUUUUAUGGAAGAUUAUGUAACUAUCAUGGAACCUCUAGCAGCUGCCCUCGAUAUUCUACAGGGUGAAAAAAACAUGUAUUUUGGUUUUUUACUGCCUACUAUUUCUAUAUUGUUAUCAAAAUAUGAUGAUUUGCUUACAAAAAAGAGAUUAAAUUAUUGUGCAACAUUAAUUAAUAUUAUCAAAACAAGCAUUGAAACACGCUUUCGAAAAGAACAAGCAGAUAAGUUUUUAGUUAUUGCUGCUUUAUCUCAUCCAUAUUUUAAGACAUUGUGGAUAAAUAAUAAUAUAAUCAAAGAUUUGGCUGUUGCUAACUUCAAAGAAGCUGUUUUAAAAAAAUCAAAGUCUGAAGGUAUUGAGACAUCUAACAUAAAUGAUGAAAAUACUAAUAAACAUGGUGAUGAAACAUCUUCAUUUUUUUCUUGGUCCAAAAUUCAUUCAAAUUCCAAUAUUUCCAUUGAAAAUGAAAUAUCAAGUUUUUUGAAUAAGAGCCCUACGAAGAAUUUAUUGGUUUUAGAAGACACACCCAACAUUAAAAAAGUUUUUAUAGAACACAACACUCCGUUACCAAGUAGUGCUUCCGUUGAAAGAAUUUUUAGUGUAAGCAACGCUAUACUCACAAAACGUAGAGGGAGAAUAACUGACGACCAUUUUGAAAAGGUUAUGUUUCUUAAAUGUAAUAAAUUUUAAAAUACAAUUUUUUAUUAAUAAAGUAAUUCUAUAUAAACCUACAAUAGUCUUCUAUGUUCAAUACACAUUAUUACAUUAAACAAAUAAUUAGUUUUAAGAAUUAAGAAUCAGAAAAUAAUAAAGUU